AUGCUUAAGUCGACACAUACACCCUCGACAGCUGCUCUGGCUCCGCUGCCUCCAGGAUGGAGUGAGCAUACAGCGCCGACAGGACAUACAUACUAUUACAAUGCAGAAACUAAAGAGUCCACAUACAAGCGACCAGGAGUUCAGCCUCCUCCCCAGCCAACGCAAGCACCACUACCUGCAUAUGGUUCAAUACCCGCUCUAGCCGAUCCAAAUGUCGCCAAUGCUUAUAUGGCACAAUUCAGCCAAGAUAGUGAUAGACAAAGACAACACAGUUCACGAGGCGGGCAUGGUGGUGGCCGCGGGGGCUUCGAAGGUCGACCGCGUCCACAACCUGUAGACAAGCCGAGGAGGAAAGAGGCAAUUCCAGGCCAUGAACCGUGGAUACUAGUCUAUACCAAAUACUCGAGACGAUUUGUGUAUAACCCUGUCAAAAAUACCAGCUAUUGGCGCAUACCAGAGAAGCUGAUGCCGGCCAUUUUGGAGCUUGACAAGGCACGACUAAGGAAGAAGGCAGCAGGCGAAUCGCAAGAAGAGACGGAAGCGAAGCAAGACGAUAAAGUGGAAGAAGGACCGGAGAAAAAGGCGACAACCCAGAAGGCAGAUGUUCCCAUGACAGGCCUGGACGACGACAGUGAAUAUGAAGAAGUUGAGGUUACGGACGAUGAGGGCGAAGGCCAGGGAGAUGAUGAUGGGGAAUACCCCUCUAAGAGGCAGCGAACUGCAGAUACCGAAAUGGACGAUGACGCGCCCUUGGAAUUCACAGAAGCCGACUUUGCAGCACAAUUGCAGGCCAUGGGAGACGACUACGGUCUCGAACCAGGCGAUUAUGAUGAUGGCAAUGCAGACGAGUGGCCGGAAGGCGUCGAGGGAGUGCCCCUAUCCGAAGAUGAUGCCAAAUAUUUGUUCAAGGAUCUCCUCAACGACUUCAACAUCAACCCCUACAGUCCGUGGGAGAAGCUUCUUGAGGAAGGCAAGAUCAUCGAUGAUUUGAGAUACACUGCGCUUAGCACUACGAAAGCACGCCGAGACUGCUGGGAUGAGUGGACGCGUGAGAAGAUUGCAGAGUUGAAGGAGCAGCGAGCGAAGCAGGAAAAGCGGGAUCCUCGUAUUGCUUACAUGGCAUUCUUACAAGAAAAGGCGACUCCGAAGCUGUACUGGCCCGAGUUCAAGAGGAAGUACAAGAAGGAGGACGUCAUGAAAGAUCACAAGAUCACAGACAAGGAUCGCGAGAAGGCGUAUCGAGAACAUAUUGGGCGGCUGAAAAUGCCCCAAUCUAAACUCAAGUCCGAUUUGACUGCCUUGCUCAAGGCCCAGCCCACACACCUGCUUAACAACAAGUCGCUAUCUACCGGCUUACCCGACCCGAUUCUCACCGACAUUCGAUACAUAUCCCUUGAGCCCAAGACCCGCGAUCCCCUGAUCGAGGCUUACGUGAGCAACCUACCUCCACCACCCGAGGACAUGGAUGCGGCAAAGGAGGACGAAGAACAGCGAAAGCUACGCGAUGCCCGAGAAAAGCGCGAGAAGGCGCUAGAGUCGAGAAAUCGCACAGUGGAAGAGCAGAGAAGGAAGCGGGAACAUGAGGUAGCGGCCAGUAAAGCCAGAUUGCGAGACGAGGAAAGAGAAAUCGAGAUGGCCAUGAGAGUAGGCAAACAGGGUCUACAGAGUCAACUAGAGGUUAUGAAGGAUGCGGAAACAUAG